CCCCAUUACGAUUUUCAAAUUCAAACGGCAGCUUGGCCUCGCUUCGUGCGCAAAAACUCGAUCAGGUUUUCGGAGAAUUGACAAUCCCGCACUCGACUUGUAAAUUGUAAACUAUUAGUAAUCAAAUAUUCGGACAACAAAUUACACAGCUAAACAAGCGUUCGGUCUCAGAAACGCGAUCUAAACUCAACAAAAAUAAGCGAAAGCCAAGCGUCUGCCGAUCUUCGUGUUAAUUGUGUUUGUACAAAUAGUAUAAAAGAAACUAUCAAAAUGGUGGGCACAACACUGAAAAUGCGUGGCGAUGAGAACGCUUCGGAGAACUUCAAGCAAGUGCAAUUGAAGAAAUUGACGGUUCCUUCCAUGGAGGCAACAACAAAACGCGCGGCCCUGGGCGAUUUGCAGAAUCGCGGCAUUAGUCGUCCCAUCGCCGCUAAGGAUGCGGCACAGAAAGACUCCAAGGAUCUCAAGCUCACAGACGCCCUGCGCAAUGCCAAGGCUCGAGUGGACACCCACUGGAAGAAACAGCCACUUGGCAGCACCACCAACGGCAAUGCCGCCGCUCCGCCCAAGGCCAACGAAGGGGGCGUGGCGGCGUUUUUGCGCUCGAAUUCGGUGCGCACUCGCGUUCCGACCAAGACCACUGUAGAACCAGUUAAAGUUACAGUCAAGUCCAGUUCCACUGAGAACGUUAGCGAGCCCACCUUGAUUCGGGAGGACAGCAGUCUGUCGAAGAAAUCGCUCACCAAACUGCGUGCCGCUUUGGCCAAACCCGUGAUGGGAGUUUCAGGUAUUCGACGAGAACCAGUAGCGGUUGCCCGCAAAGAGGCAGAGAUCAAGAAGGAACUGCCCGAAAUCAAGAAGGACUCGCAGGAGUUGAAGAAGGAUGCGACCAGGAUGCCUCUUAUUAGGGGCAACAGUGCAGUCACUACAAUCACAUCCACUAUGCCCACCACCAUGUCCCUUUCUAGCAAGCGAUUGGCUGGAAUCGAGGACAUCGAUGCCAAUGACAAGGAGAACCUGGUUCUGGUCUCCGAAUAUGUGAACGACAUCUACGACUACUUGUACCAGGUGGAGCAGGAGCAGCCCAUUCACAACGAUCACCUGGCCGGGCAGAAGGAGGUGUCCCACAAGAUGCGAGCCGUGCUGAUCGAUUGGAUUAACGAGGUCCACCUGCAGUUCCAUCUGGCUGCAGAGACCUUCCAGCUGGCGGUGGCUAUCAUUGAUCGCUACCUGCAGGUUGUCAAGGACACCAAACGCACUCACUUGCAAUUGGUGGGAGUCACAGCCCUCUUCAUAGCCACCAAGUACGAGGAGCUGUUCCCGCCGGCCAUCGGGGAUUUUGUCUUCAUCACGGAUGACACCUACACUGCCCGGCAGAUCCGACAAAUGGAGCUGCAGAUCUUCAAGGCCAUCGACUGUAAUCUUUCGCGUCCGCUGCCGAUUCACUUCCUUCGACGCUACUCAAAAGCUGCUAGCGCUGAGGACGAGCACCAUACGAUGUCGAAGUACUUCAUUGAGCUAGCUUCCGUGGACUACGAAAUGGCCACCUACAGGCCCUCGGAGAUUGCAGCUGCCUCACUGUUCCUGUCGCUGCACUUGCUCAAUGGAAACUACCGGGCCGGCACGGGAUUCAACGACCGUCACUGGACGCCUACUCUGACCUUCUACUCUAGGUACUCGAGCGCGCACUUGCGCCCCAUUACCCGGCGGAUCGCGAAACUGGCCCGUGAUGCUCCCCAGGCUAAACUGAAGGCCAUCUACAACAAGUACCAGGGCAGCAAGUUCCAGAAGAUCGCGCUGCGAACGGAGCUGACCGGUGCGCUGAUGGACUCUAUUGUGGGCCAGAGCCAGAGGAAAUAAUCGUCUGGCGUCCAAGGCGGACUGAAAGACCCUGAUUUACCUAGUUUAGUUUAAUUUGUUUUCAUUUUUUAAAUUUGUAGCGUAUUUCAUUUUCUGUUCGUUUCGUGUUCGUUACAAAAUGCGUAUAAUUACCGUAGUCGCAUUGCCAACUAUCUUCACCUGCAUCACCUCACCCAUCCCAUUCCCCAGACAUCGUAAUCUGCUGGAGUCCCUUGGACAGUUUUCGGCCACUGCCAAGAGCUGGCUCCGGCAUCUUUGCCCCCGGAGCACAAGUUGCUCGCGAGCCGGCGGCUGGGAGUGAGUUCCUCCGGAAAGACUAGGAACCGAACCAAACUGGAGCCCGCCAGCUCCUCCCGCUGGGUCACCAUCUCAGUGGGAGCGAGUGGCGGAGCGGUGGACACCGAGAGAGAGAGUGGGCAACGAGUUCAUUUGCUGGCCGAACACAUCGGCGUUGUCUCUCCAAGAACUAUAUUUUAUAAUUGUAUUCGUGAAAUCACUUCAUCCCCUACCUACCACUAAUUGUAUUUGUCUUUAGUUUUUAAUUUCGAUGGGAAUGAAUAAAUCCAAUAACUUGUGCAAAAUUAUUCCCAAAAAUCGCAUAAAAGAGACCUAGACUAUUUGUAAUUUAUAUCAUGCAUUUCGCACAUCCGCAUACAAAGGCAACCUAUGCUAGUUAUAUUGUUUACUUACCGAUAAGCUACGAUUAAAAAGCGUUUUAUCUAACUGAUGUUUCUGAAAAUGUCUCUGAACCAUACAUAGAAAAUAAAGUUUUGUGUAAUUUUAUAAA